AUGACACAUUCCAAUCAUCAGCAAAACAACCAUCGUCCUCCACGUCCGUUGCCAUCCACUCCAAACAAUGAGGAGAAGAACAAAAAUAACAAUCAGAUCAAUUCUCAGCAGAUCAUGCCUUCAUCAUCAGCAUCAACAACAAUAACCAAUAACACUUCUCAUCAUGCCCAAAAGAGAAAAUCUGUUGGCCAUACAACAACAACCAACAUCAAUUCAUCAUCAGAACAAAAUCCCUUUGCAAUGUCGACGACAUUUAAUGCAACGUCCACAACGGGAUCAUCUUCGGUUACAAUUAUCAAACAAAAUAGUGGUGUCGAUAAUGUGACCUUGCGAAGAAAGUCUCCAUCUUUUUCAACGUCGCCCACCUCUUCAAUGCCAUCAUCGACCAACUCAAAUUCUCAUCAUUCAUUUGGAAGUGUUGGCACUGUCAAUGACACUUUCUCUCAAAAUUCGAACAGUGCUGCCACAAUCCCUUCUGCCGUGUCUCUUCAUCAUUACAAUGGCCCAAUAAUUUAUUUGAGAAUUGCCCGAGUUGAUUAUUUGAACACCUAUCCAGUCAACCCAAGUAGCUCAUCAAAUUCCACAAUGUCAACAUCACCCAUGAAUAAUAACACGAAUAACGGAUCUUCUUCCAAUAAUGCAACCUCUUCUCCUUCGCCUUACUCUCUGAAUGUUUUCAGUGCAUUUACAUCGGUCUCAUCAAGUGCAUCAAGUCCCAUAAGCAGCAACUACAUGGACAAAGUAUCAAAAUUAGCAAGUUAUAAUCCAUAUGUUGUAGUUCAGUACGGAAAAAUUGGUUCGAACACUAGCAGUUUGACCAGCUCAUCUGGUUCAUCUGUCAAUGGAAACGACAAUAGCGGCACCAAUGCAAGUAAUUCACCAACAUCGGACGAUGGACAUGUAUUUGUGUUUGAACAAAAAACAAAAGUCGUACAAAACGAUAUAUUUCCCAUUUGGAAUACAUGUAUGGAGUUUCCCUUGUUAAACUCAAAGAGUUCACUUCCCUUUUUGUCAAAAUAUGUUCCUUCAAGUUUAUUUUCAAACGCGAUCAAUUCAGCACAAAGUGGUGAAUUUUUGAAUCAAUCCAUUGAUGGAGGAUCAGUUAUAACUUUUAAAGUCAUGAAUCAAAAUCGUUACAGAAAAGAUACUGUCAUUGCACAAGCCGAAUUAAAACUAUCGGAAUUGGCAUACUUGAACAAAGAUGAAAAAGUUUCAUUGAAAAUGAGAAAACCUGGCGAGAUGUUGGCAAGUGGGAAAUCCGAUCUUUUGUCACCAGGAGAACCCUUACCUGAAACAUGUCCCAUCUUGAAUUUGGAUGUAAGAAUGGAUUGGACCGACAAGUACUACAAAAGAAAUGGUGAUGACGAUUCUGCUCAUGGCUUUUCGAAUUGGCACGAUGCUAUUUCACAUAUUCAACACCAAGAGGAUUCCAAAAAUAUGGAAGGUGAUGAUGAAGAUGAUGAUGAUCCACUCUUCAGAAAGAAACAAGUCACACCUGAAAUGCGAAACAAAAUUCAUGAAAAAAUUAUGAAUCAAUGUGAAGUGUUAAAGAUGCUUUGUCUGUUCGUACCAAAAAAGUGGCAUAUUAUUCCAAAACCAGACAAGUUAAUUCUCAUCUCGCCCACUCAAUUUUUAAACGAAGAAAUAUUCACCGAUAGUAUCAAUAUUUAUUAUGUCUAUGAGCAAAAUUCAGUCAAUGUCAUGGAGGAUAUGUUGAAAAAUUGUGAAAAACGACCAAAUUUUGAACUGGUGUUACCACUACACAAGUUUAGAAUGCUUAAAAGAUGGGAAGGCUUUAGGUUUUCAUGCUACUAUUCUCUCUACAAGAAAGUAUUUCUUCAAGAUGUCAUUUGUAUCCAGUCAAAUAUUGGAAUUACUUAUGUGUUUCAAUAUGUGACAAAUUGUGGAGGAUAUAACAAACCUAUUUUGGAAAAAUUGUUGGAAAGAGUUACUUUGCAACCGACUUUUUAUACCAAAGAGUUAGACCGUCCAAAGAUUUGGUGUGGAGCAGUUCCUCUAGGUUGGAGAAUUUUCUCAAAAGAUAAUAUUGUCACACUUGUGUCUCCAUUUCAAUGCAAUUCCAAGCUUUCAUGUAUCGAUAAUAUUCAAUUACAGCCAUUCCUUUCAAACAUGUCUGUCUUGGAGAGAAUUCAUUUUAUUCUGGAGAAAUUGAAGGAUAUUCCAGAAUUUGAAAGUGUGGAUGUCAUCAAGGAGCCUUUUCCGACUAAUCUCUUCGAUCUUGGUACGCUACAUGAAGAUGCACUCAACGCUUAUACGAUCGGAGAACAAUGCGAGGUAGUACCUGAAAGUGAAAUACCGUUUGAACCUCACUUUAUUAAGGAACGAAGAAAGGCCAUUUCAACCUUUUCGACGGUGUCACAAGAAACCUUCGAAGAGGCCUAUGGUAUCAUAUUUGCAGUACGACUGAAAUCAAAGACUCCUUCUGUUGUUGAAGGAAACAACAACUCGACAAAUGUUGCCAGCUCCACCUCUGCAGUCCAAUCGAAUUCCAACGAAGCGACCGUUUAUUAUCAAAAAUCGAUUGUCAUUAAGAUGAAAAAUGUGGAUUAUCAAUUGCAUGCAUUCUACAAGUCGUCAUUCAGCAAUUUACCAUCCGAAGCAGCUCUUAAUUGUUUGGUUCAAGCAUUGAAAUUGAAUUAA